AUGCCCGACGAGUUACGCGAUCGUAAAUGUGCUUGCUGCGGUGAAAACGAGCACGAGGAAUCCGAGAACCAAGCACAUAAAACCCCAGCUUCAACUCUACACGAAGCAGUCCUCGAAGGGAACACGCAGCGCCUAGAAGAGCUCCUCCGCGAAGAAGCCGCUCCAUCAGCACCGUUCUCCUCUCGAGAGUUCACGGCACUUCAUCUAGCCGUUCAAGCAGGCGACGAAACUCCCACCAAGAUCCUCAUUGACGCCGGGGCCAACGUCUCAGCCCCGACUGUGGACGGAGUAACGCCUUUGCACAAUGCUGCUGCUGAGAACGCGUUGGGGCCUGCGGAACUGCUCCUUAAGGCUGGGGCUAACGUGCAUGCCCGUAACGUUGAUGACGAGACGCCGCUGCAUGUAGUGGCUCUCUUCGGAGGAGCGAGAAUGGCAAAGCUUCUCAUCGAUGCUGGGUCAGAUGUCACAGCGAGAGAUUGCUACGGGAAUACCACGCUGCAUGUAGCUGCCGCCCAUGAGUUCCUGGAUAUCGUUCAGUUGCUUCUCGACUCGGGGGCUGACCCGAAUGCUAUCGACAAUAAUGGAGACGCGGUGCUACACCGUGCAGUGGCAGAUGGACCAGCUUCAGCUCAGCUACUUCUACAAAAUGGAGCUGACAUCUCAAUAAGAGGUCAAUUUGGGGAUACGCCGUUACAUCGAGCAGCUCAGAGCUCGCCGGAACUUGUACAGGUCUUUCUCCGAGCUGGUGCGGACCAUGCGGCGGUCAACGAGGAUGGAGAGACGCCACUACAUCAAGCAGCCGCAUAUGGAGGUGCGGAACAAAUUCGACUGCUCCUUGAUGCGGGCGCCAAUGUCAAAGCAACGACCAAGGAUGGCAAGACCGCGCUGGAUCUUUUAGCAGGAGAUCGGUCUCUAGGCGAGGAUGAGGGAGCGGAUGAGAAGCCCAAAUUGCUCAUUGACGCUGGUGGGGACACGAGGCAAUGA